AUGAGUGAGGAUCAAGAGGCGUGCACCAUUUGUCUAGAUCAAUUAUUUCAGAUUGAUAAAUCUGAGUUCAUUACCAGAUUACAACCAUGUGGCCAUUAUUAUCAUACAGAAUGUAUAAAACUAUGGACAGAUAAAUCAAAUAGCUGUCCCACUUGUCGUCGUGAUUUUGAAUUCAUUGAGACUAUAGAUAAAGAUGCUCAAGUGUUAACAAGACACAAGACACAGAAGAAAGUUCUUGAACAUGUCGAAGAGUUUUUCUAUACUGACGAAGAUGUUUUGUUGCAAUUUGAAGAAGAAGAUCAUUUACAAAGAAGAAUCAACAAUAUGAUUGCAAGCUAUAAUACUUGUGUUUUGUGUGACUCAAGAAGAGGGAAUGUAUCACCAUGCAAUAGCUGUUCAUCAACAUUCCAUUUAUCAUGUCUCGGAGCAUCAAAUUUAACAAGCUGGUAUUGUCCAAUGUGUGAUGCUGAGCAGAUCAAUUUUGAAAGACCGAGUAUAUUCAGAAGAUCAAGAAAUAGUGCUGUUACAAAUCGUGUUUAUAAUUCAUUUAGAGAUUCUUUAGCAGUUUCCCCCGUGACUGUGGAAGUUCAGGAAACAGUCGAACCAAUGACUAUCGAGGAGCAGCAAUCAUGGGAAGUUUUUGAGAAUGCAAGAAAGGAAGAAAUUGAACAAGUUAAUGCAUCAAACUCUAACAAUACAUCUGAUGAACCAGUAACGUCGUCAGAAACUAGAAAAUUGAAAAGACCAUCAAGAAGAGGUAUAAGGCGUGGUGUUUCCAACAAUACAAACAAUCAAACUCUACAGAAUCAAGAUCAAAAUCACACAAUAAUACCAGAUACACAAGUAUCGUCAUUACCUAAUACCUCUACUUCAGUUGUUAAUACAAUUUUAAAUCAAAUGAAAGAGAACAGACAAAGAGAAACGCCACUUACAAAACAACAAAUAAGGUCAAAUAUAUCUUUGAACACAUCAGCAUCACAACAAUCACUAUCGUUAUCAGCGUCAUCAUCAGCAGGAUCCUCUCCACAACAAACUAUAUCAUCGUUGGCUACAAGCGUUGAGAAAGAACCUACAUCUCCAACUAACAAAUCAGUUUGGAAAAUGCCGCUUGUUGACAAUACACUAACGUUAGAACAAAAGAAUGUAUUACAAGGAAUAGUUCGAGAUAAGCUUAGACCAAUUUAUAGAGACGGUUCAAUUGAUGUUGAUCAAUAUACUGCUAUAAAUAAAAAAGUUAGUCAUAUAUUAUAUGAUUUAUGCUUACAUGGCAAUGAAGAUUAUGAUUAUGAACAGUUAGCAAAUGAACAUGUUAUACAAGAAAUAAUGGAUUUAUGA